UAUAGUUGUUGCGAAUCUGUUCGAGAUUUGGAUGGAGGGUAAAAAACAAGGGUUUAAGGGUGGCGCCUUUUAGAAAAUAAGAAUGUGACAUUAUAUGGCGCAAAUUCCGCAAGUGGUGCGGCGCGUUCGUGUCUUAUGCAAUUUGCAGUAGUAAUACAGGAUUCAUAGAUCGAUCAUUCAAUCGAUCGUUAGAUCCAUCUUCCUCAUCAUCAUCUUCUUCUAAGUAAUCAUAGCAAUGGUUGCGGAAAGUUUUUGUCAGAACCACCAAAACGAUGUAGAAGAAGAAGAAAAAGUAGUAGAAGCUCCAUUCAUAUUAGGUCUUCAACCAUCUGCACUCGUUGACAACGUUGCUCAUGUUGAUUUGUCCUUGCUCGACCGAAUCCCCGGCGAACGCGGUGGCUCCAUUCCCGUUGCAAUUGAAGAGCUUGAACAUAUACUGAGGGAAGUUAAAUCUAAUUCUAAUUCCUCUGAUGAUGAUAAUUCUCAUUCUUCUGUAAUGAAAACUAUGGCUGGUGGAAGUGUUGCUAAUACAAUUCGUGGUCUUAGUAGUGGUUUUGGAAUUUCUAGUGGAAUUAUUGGGGCUUGUGGUGAUGAUGAACAAGGUCAAUUAUUUGUUAAUAAUAUGUCCUCUAAUGGUGUUGAUCUUUCUAGACUCCGUAAAAAGAAAGGACACACUGCACAGUGUGUUUGCUUGGUAGAUGAGUUGGGUAACAGAACAAUGCGACCCUGUCUCUCAAAUGCUGUCAAAGUUCAGGCUCAAGAAUUGUUGAAAGAGGAUUUCAAAGGCUCCAAGUGGUUGGUGUUGAGAUAUGCAAUACUCAAUUUGGAAGUUAUUCAAGCAGCCAUUGCUUUGGCCAAACAGGAAGGCCUUCUCGUUUCCCUGGACUUGGCCAGUUUUGAGAUGGUCAGGAACUUUAAACAACCACUUCUGAAGUUGCUUGAAUCCGGAAACAUAGACCUCUGCUUUGCUAAUGAGGAUGAAGCAACUGAACUUUUAAGGGGCGAACAGAAUGCUGAUCCAAUAGCUGCCGUAGAAUUUCUUGCUAAAUACUGCCAAUGGGCUGUGGUAACAUUGGGCUCUAAUGGAUGCAUCGCUAGACAUGGGAAGGAGAUGAUACGUGUCUCAGCCAUAGGGGAAUCAAAGGCAACUGAUGCUACAGGAGCAGGAGACCUUUUUGCAAGUGGAUUUUUGUAUGGAGUGGUCAAGGGUUUGCCACUAGAAGAAUGCUGCAAAGUAGGCACAUGCAGUGGUGGAUCCGUCAUUCGCUCUCUUGGGGGUGAGGUGACAUCUGAGAAUUGGCAAUGGAUGUACAAGCAGAUGCAAGUACAGGGUCUACCUACGCCAAAUGGCUUAUGAAAAUGAAUAUUGGCAACAUUUGCUUCCUUUAUAUUUUUCCUUUUGCCUUUUUUUUUUUAAAAAAAAAAAUUAUAGUUUAUUAUUCAUCACUUACUAUCAAUUGGAACGACUGCCAUAAUAACAAUUUAUGGCUGGUUCGGAAGGCCUGUGAAGGCACAAGUUAAUUUAAGUACACUUUGAGGUGACUAUCAACUGAUAUUUCUCGCUUAAUAUUAACUACAAAGUUGAGCUUUA